AUGAUGCUAUCCAAGACCACUGAGGCUCUUGCGGCCUUGGUCGCGUCACUUCCCUUGAUUCAAGGGCAGGCUGUGCGAUUCAACAAUCCGGAAGGCGUGGAUAUCUGGUGUGGAAAAGCGUAUCGCGCAACCAACUCUUCAUUCGAUCCUGGUGGAUGGUUCCCCGAGCCAGCCAUCUCUCAGGUCCCGCUCCUGCGUCUCAAAGUACGACCUAGACUGAGCAUCUACCUCGACACGGACACCACCGCGAACCUGCUCAUCGACGCAGCCGUAUCGAACCAGGUCGGAUCACCACUGCCGGCCGAGUACGGACAGAACAUAUCGACAAGCGCGGCGAAGACCUUGAAGGUUGAGAUUCUUUCUGGAGACGAUGUGAUCUCGACCGAAGAGAUCGUCGUAGGGUCGCGAGACAAUGAGGUGCCAUUCUCACUGGGCACCUUCACCCCACGCAUGGAGGCAUACAACAUCACCGUCCGCACGACUCUCGACUCGUCUCAUGUCUACGAGGACUGGACCGACGUCUCUUACCUCCCGUAUCCCGAGGACUACGGCAGCGUAGCCCGCAUAGACAAUCUUCACGGCGGCCUUCUCGCGCAGCGAGGCAAGGAUUCAUCCUGGGAUCUCAUCUUCGCGUACACCUACUACACCCAGUGGACACUCUACUGGAACUCCAGCGUCGACACCCUCAACGAGUUUGCCGCCAUGGGCUACAACGUGAUCCAUUUCGUUCCCACGGGCAGCCUCGGCGAGAUCCCCUUCCCGUGGGACGAAUUCGAGCCGUACCUCCAGCGCGCCGACGAACUCGGGAUCUACUUCCGCUACGACGUCCUCUGGACCUGGCCGAACCUGACAAACAUGAUCGACCAGGUCACCCGCCUGCGCACCCACCCGUCCAUCCUGCUGUGGUACCAGAGCGACGAGGCCGACGGGAAAGCCAACCCGGCCAACUCGACCGGAAUAGCAUACCAGCAAAUCAAGGCGCUGGAUCCGUACCACCCCGUCUCGUUGGCUCUCAACUGCGAGAACUUCUACUACCAGGAAUACGCGGCCGGCGCGGACAUCGUCAUGUCCGACGUCUACCCCGUCGCCAUCAACGCGACGUUCUCGCCGGUGUACGACACGGUCUGCAACGAGACGUACGGGUGCUGCGGGUGUGAUAACUGCGGGGGCGAGUUCGAAGAUAUUUCGGUCCGGCUGGAUGAGUUCUACCGUCGGGAUGAGAUUCUCGGAUGGCAGAAGACGCAGUGGUUUGCGCCUCAGGCGUUCGGCAACGAGACCUUCUGGAGCCGGUAUCCGACGGCGGAAGAGGAGGUCGUGAUGACGAUGCUGUCGGUGAACCACGGUGCCAAGGGUAUCGUGAUGUGGAAUUAUCCCGCCACGACGGAGUUGGAGAAUUUGACGAGUCGUUUGGCCGGAGUCUUCACGGAUAAGGCGGCUAUUGAGUUCUUGCUCGGCACCGAGAGGACGCAGGACCUUGCUGUGGAAGGGGCGAAUAGGGUUGACGCGGCCGUAUGGAUCAGCGAGGAGAAGGGCCAGGCAUUGAUUAGUGUUGUGAACCUCAACUCCGAGGACAUCCCGGGUGAGGUGAAGGUUGUUCUUCCGGAUGGAGUCGCGGUUGGCAAUGUCGCUCAAGUUCUCUGGGGAGAUGUGGUGUGGGAUUUCAGCGACGGUGGUCUGGUUGCAACCGAGGGCUUGCUCGGCUUGCAGACGUCUGUGUUUAUUGCUGAGUUAUUGUGA